AUCAUAGUGCCGCGGUCCGGCCUCGCGAGCGGAGUAGCUUAUCGACCUUGCGCGACCCAGUGACCCCGGCUACCUAGGUCGCCCCGGCCACCAUGCCGCGCUCCUUCCUAGUCAGGAAGCCGUCCGACCCCCGCCGGAAGCCCAACUAUAGCGAGUUGCAGGACGCGUGUGUGGAGUUCACCUUCCAGCAGCCCUACGACCAGGCCCACCUGCUGGCCGCCAUCCCUCCGCCCGAGGUCCUCAACCCCGCCGCCUCGCUGCCCACCCUCAUCUGGGACUCGCUCCUGGUGCCCCAAGUGCAACCGGUGGCUUGGGCCACUCUCCCGCCGCGGGAGAGCCCCAGGGCGGCAGAGCUGACCUCGCUGUCCGAUGAAGACAGUGGCAAAAGCUCCCAACCUCCCAGCCCGCCCUCGCCAGCGCCGUCGUCCUUCUCCUCCACUUCGGCUUCAUCCCUGGAGGCCGAGGCCUUCAUCGCCUUCCCCGGCUUGGGUCAACUGCCCAAGCAGCUAGCCAGGCUCUCGGUGGCCAAGGACCCUCAGUCCCGGAAGGCCUUCAACUGCAAAUACUGCAACAAGGAGUACCUCAGCCUGGGCGCCCUCAAGAUGCACAUCCGAAGCCAUACGCUGCCCUGCGUCUGCGCGACCUGCGGAAAGGCCUUCUCCAGGCCCUGGCUGCUGCAGGGCCACGUCCGCACCCACACUGGUGAGAAACCUUUCUCCUGCUCCCACUGCAACCGUGCCUUCGCUGACCGCUCUAACCUGCGUGCCCAUCUCCAGACCCACUCGGACGUGAAGAAGUACCAGUGUCAGGCUUGUGCCCGCACCUUCUCCCGAAUGUCCUUGCUCCACAAACACCAAGAGUCUGGCUGCUCUGGAGGCCCACGCUGACCCCGUUCUCUCCCCAUCCUCUCUGGCAUCUUCCUGCUUCCCUGGAGCCAAUCCCCGCUGCCAGGACUCUGUCUAGCCUUGGUCCAGAGACCUGUGGAGGCCAUGUCUGACCCUGGCUCUUGCUUGGCUCCCUUGGUGGUCUCUUCUACAAACGACAGACGGAGGGCAGAGUGCCUUGGUCCCCUCCCAGAGCCAUUCCUCAGUAUUCACGAGGUACAGCCUCUGGACACAGCUGCUUCGAGCCAUAGGACUAAAGCCAACCCGCUGGCUGGGAAGCUUAAACCCCGCUCAGGGGACCCCUACUUCCCUACCUCCCUCAAAGACCCUUCAUGCCAACUUCUUGAGGUACAACAGACUAUGCAAUAGUCUCUUCCCCCGCCCCCAACUGCAUCCACGCCCAGCACAUGUCCAGGUGCCUCUGGGCCGGGGCAGCUGUUUCAGCCCCCCGCCCCCAUUUGUCCUUGUGACACCUGUUUCACAGCAGUUUAACUGUCUCAGAAGGGACCAUGAGUAAUGGCCGUCACUUGUUAGGGGCCAAGUGGGGUGCUUCAGCCUGGCCAAUGUGUCUCCCAGAACUAUUUUGGGGCCCAACAGGUGGCCCUGGGAGGAAGAUGUUUACAUUUUAAAGGUAUUUAUAUUGUAAGCAGCAUUUUGUAUAGUUAAUAUGUACAGUUUAUUGAUAUUCAAUA